AUGAAGAUGCCGAAGCUGAAGCUGAAGACAGUUGCCUGGGUCGAUGGGUGGCCCUUAGCUGCAAUGGUGGAUGUGGGAAUUGUGUGCGUGCAGUUGCAUGGAAGUGAUAAUGUGAUUGGUGUCCUAGAUCAGCCCCAAAAGCUAUUACUACUAUUGUAUGUACAUACAUACAUAUAUACAAGUAGACGUCUACCCUGCUUCAGCAUCUCCAGCAUACAAGAGAAGGUUAAGGAGGGUCAGCAUCCGCUUAGCCAUUCCUACAAGCGCUACAAGCAACCGGGCGGCGCCAUUGCAGGCCACACUGUAGCGGUGUCGCAGACUCGUCGCCAACAACAACAUCAACAGCAGGAGCACCAACAGGAGCAACAGCAUGGGCGUCACGCCGGGCUGCGUACAGGUCCGGCCAAUGGACGACUACAUCAGGUGCACGAUGUGAGCGCCAAUGUGGGCUUGGCGCAAACGCCGCCCACCGGCUAUGCCUGCCGGAAGCAUCCAAACCUCCUGGGCCCCGGCGACGGGUCCAACUUGAAUCUGUAUCUGCACAAUGAUCUGGAGCGCCGCUUUUACUUUGAGAAGCCUGCUGUUUCCAAGUGUAAUUUACACUCCCGCAGCUUUGCCAAAUCCCUCAAUGAGCUGUGCACCGAAAUGACACCACCGGCGGUGCCACCACCACCACCACCCUCAGCGGUUCGCAUGAGUGUGGGUGCAGCCAAUGCGAAACUGUCGCAACAAACGUUUGCCGAUCUGCCACAGGAAUUUCCGCUGACUCGGUCCGUGUCCACCACGACGGACAUUUAUACGUCUGCGCCGCCACAACAGCAGCAGCUGGAGCGCCGAAGCAGACGCAACAUGGCCACCAAUACGGUAAUUCGCUACAGCCGGGACAUGGAUAUCGAUGAGGAUGCGACUGAAGAGCAGGCGCGCCGCUUGUGCGGUCUUAAGCGCGGCAUACGCAAGACCAAGGACGAGCUCUUCCAGGAAUUCUGCAAGCGCGCCGGCGUGCGCAGCAAGCCCAAAAACAUAUACUAUAUAGCCAGCGACGAGGCGACCUUCCCAUCCCAGCAGACACGCAGUCGCCGCAGCGUUGGCAGCCGUAAUGAAGACGAGCACAUUGACUACGACCAUGAAGAUGACGACGCUGAUGGUGAUGAGCAUGGCUUUAAGCGGUUUCGUAGUGGCGCACCCAUUGAGGAAGAACAGCUCUAUUUGCCGGGGGAUCGCCAGCAAGCUACGCAGUUUCCGCGGGGCCUGGCACCACCGGCUGCCUCCAGCUCCCAUCAACAUCGUCGCGCCUCCAUGUGCGUAGAUCCGCCAUCGCAACUGCCGCCCGUGGGACAUUUGCGCAAGCUUAACUCGAAUCUAUCGCUGCACAUGCCUCUGCAUGCCGAUCGUCAGAGUCUUUAUGAUCUCGACCGCUGCGAUUCCACAUCCUUUGAUGUCUGGCCCGGGACACACUUUGGUGGUUCGCAGUCGCGACUUCCUCAAGAUUAUGGAGUGCCAGCUCCUGCGCUCGCGCCUACGCAGAGUCGCACCUUACCGCGCUGCUUCCUCCGCCAGCCGGCAACUGGCAUGGGCGUGGCCGGCUCCCAGGAGAGCUUUGGGUCACUGCAAAGCAACUUUAGCGCCAGUCAGCAGCGCUUCUCGCAACUAAUGAUGCAGCACCAACAACAGCUGCAGCAGCAGAAUCGUUUCCUCUCUACAUUGACGUUGCACAAGCCCGCCGAGGAACAGGCAGCGGUGCAUUGGCCAGCGGCCAUACCCUCCUCACCGUCCAAUUAUCGCAGCUCUGGAUAUCAGGUCUAUGCGCCAGCCGUGAGCGGCAUCGGCGGAGGCACUGCACUGCACCCUCCGCCGGCCAAGUUCCAGCGCGCCUAUGCUUUCGACGAUCAACAGCGACGUCCGAGUUUUGCUAUCAACGAUGCCUUCGAUCUAGACGAGAUCGAGCGGGAACGUCGGCGUUCGCAUGCCAGUCUUUUUGGGAGCGCCACCACUCAAGAGCAAUACGAUCUUAUUAACGGAACAGCAGUGUAAAAGGUUCUAAGUAUAACUGAAGGCAGUAGAUAUUGUUUUCUGUCUCUCGGCCAGAAAAAGUUUCAAUUAAUUGAACUCAAUAUUUUUCUAAUUUGUUAUUUCGUAUUUUUUGUUAAAUAUU